AUGUAUUUAUAUUUUAAUUUACCAGCAAAAUCGAGACCACCAAGUUGGGAAUACCAGCCAUUAGCAGACCAACACCAUGAAGCGAUGAAAUCAUAUACAAAUGUGGUCCAUAUAAAAAUGAAUAUGAGGGUAGGAAUCACUCUUAUACGUUCUGCUGCUGACCCAAUAACGAUGGCAGGAGUAACGGAUGCAAACAUACCCUGGAAAAUUGCAAAUACAAGUUCUGGAAUAUGCCAUGACGUUCGUGUUGGUCCGACAUUAGAUAAUAC